GGCCAUAAUUUUCACAAGAAGCUGUGAUGUCCACAACUGGCGGUCCCAGUUCUUAUUAUCCUCUUUUUCUCAGGUCACAAGAAGAAAAUUCUAAUUGAUGCCUCAAUAACUUUUAAGCUUUCGCUCCUUCGAAUUAGAACCUCCCGAACACUAUACAAAAUUAAAAUCAAAAUCUCGCUUCUCUUUCUCUGGCAGUAUCAUUAUCAGUUGAAGGAGAGUGGACAUGCUUAAGCUAUCAAACUAUUCACGUGUAUAAGCUAAUAUUUGCAGAUAAAAUAUGGAAAUUGAGGAUAGGAUACCAUGAGCAUAUCGACCCACCAAUACCAGUGUAGUUGGCCCCUCAGAUUUCAGGAGCAUCUUCAUAAAGGAAGCAUUAGUAAGGUUCCAUUUUCAGGAUAUCCUUGUUCAGAUUCUCUUUGCAGAGGAGUUGGCUUGCUUAAUGUUGGAUACCAUCAAAGUUCCCGGAAAUGGGGCCCCAUCUUUUCCAUUGCAGUGAAUGACAGUAUGAAUCCUGAUGAUUCAGAUGAAACUGAUGACGACAAAUCUCACAACAGUAAAAUGGGAGGGGUGAAUAGUGAAUUUCUAAGAGAAAAUCUGGAGAAAAUAGUUGGUAUGGAUGAUUCUAAAUUCAGUGGGAUUGACCUCGCAACUAUUAUUAGGAACAAAUAUGGAAGGUCUUACGAUGUUCAACUGAUAAAAAAGGAAUUCAUGGGAAGAAAUCUGCUUGCCUUGAAUGUCAUGUGGAAGUAUAUGGAGCAGAGAUCAUUCCCAUUGAGUGAAGAAGAGUAUAUAUUGAGGCUUGAUGACGUAGCGAACACAUUAAAGUGUUGGGGAGCUGUGUCACAUAUACGGAACAGCCUAGCAAAGUCAAAAGAACGGCCUCGCAUAGGAAAGGCCGUAAGCAUUUUCAUAGACAUGGAUGAGUCUGGUGCUCGCGCUAAUGAGUGGAUCUACAAAUAAAUUGGGCCGAACAAAUGAUGAUGAUGUGAAGCAGUAGCACCACUUGUGAAGCUUUGUGGACAAAAUCUCCAGAAGAAUGCUUCCUUAACUUUCUCUUGCAUCAGGAUAAGGCCACUGCAGGCGUAUAUAGUUGCUUGGUUUUUCCUUAAAAUUUGUCUCCUCACAGAGUAAGGAUUUAGAGAAUGAACGUGUUAUCAGAAAAAGAGAAUGAAUGUGUUAAUAUAAUGAACAUUACAUCCGUUGUACUUGAGAGGAUAUAGAAAUGUUUACUUCUAUUAGCCUAUUGUUCCCUUUUCCGAUGAAUGAAAGUGACGUCAAUAAUCUGGUACCA